AUGUUAGUUCUAAAGUUGAAUGUGAUUAACCAUCUUAGUGGUACCACAAUGUAUAGCUUUUUUCAUUGGGAUUUUCUAGGUCAAGCCAUUCUCUUUAAGGGAUGGGUUACCAACAAUGUUGGUAUCUACGUAUUGACCUUGUUCGUUAUGUUUGGUAUGGCUGUAUUCUCAGAGUUCUUUACGUCUUACAGACAUUCUCUAAAUUAUAAUGCAACAGACAAUCCGGAAACAACACCUUUGAUAAAUGAUACAGAGGAGGUAUCAAAGAAGACAUCGGAUCUCAGAAAGAAUUGGAACAAGUUUAGUGCAACUCAUUAUUGGAAGACAUUCUGUCACAUCGUUCAAUAUGUAGUAAACUAUUUCAUUAUGCUCGUUGUCAUGACAUUCAAUGCCGGUCUAGCACUUGCCAUCCUAGGUGGAAUUGCAACCGGUUAUUUUAUAUUUGGUAAAAAAAGAGUAGCCGAUAACAUUGCCGAAGAAGAACUUUGUCAUUAA